UCUUUCCCGAGGCCUGAUGACUUUCCCUUUUUCUUUCUUUCUUUCUUUUUUCCCCCCUCCCGUGUUCAUCCCUAGGCAGCUUCAGAUCAGGGCCCGGGCUGCUCUUUCUGCAUAUUUGAACAGAAAUCCCUCACAAUGACGGAGCAGGAGAAAGCAGAAUGGGAAAACUUAAACAAAAUUUUGAUGCGCCAUGGGUUGAAACCUGUGAGCUUUGCUGCCCCAGGAAACAGCAGAAGUAUAUCAGAUAUGAUUGUCUUGGACAAUCAGUCUUCUCUGGGGAUAAGACGUGCAUUACAAACACUGCUGGAAGACACGGACCGACAACAGAAAAUGAUGCAUGGGCUUAUGGAGGCUAAUCACCAGCUCAGAGAUGAGGUACGUCAGGAACGAGGUCGAGCAUCCCGGCAAGAACAACGGGCUAAUGAUUUGGAAAACGUGGUGAAGAACAUAAAAUCCAAAAUUUGCCAGCUGGAAGAUGAGACAAUAGCUAAGGUUUGCCAGCAACAGAAUCAGGUCAAAGAACUUCAAAAAGAUCAGCAGAUUUCACAGGCAAAAUACCAACAGCAACAGGAAAAGCUGCAAGAACAGGAAGAGACUAUUGCCCGUUUGCAGAGGGAGCUGUACAAGGUUGGGAUGGAGGAGCAGCAGCGUGUUGCCACUCAAAACAAAAUGUUUUGCCAGUUUUGCAAAAGAGCUCCGAAGUCUCUUCUGGAUCAGCAGUUUCUUUGUUUAAUUGAUUAUUAUGAAUCUCAAAUUAAUCAAAUGAAAAAGGAGUUAAGGCAAUACAAAAAAGAUGAAGAUCAUGUACAGAAAGAAGUAAAAAGCAGGGAAGAAUUCUUAAAUCUAGAUGCCUCUCCUAAUUAUAGAGCACUACUCACGUCUUUCCAGAAUCAACUUGUUGAAACAAAAGCCAGGAAUGAGCAGCUUGUGCUUGAAAAUAUAAAUCUCAAGAAAGAUUUGGAAAUAAGACCAACUGCACAGGAAUUAAAACUUUACAAGCACCAAGUGAAGAAACUAGAAAAAACUUUAAAGAAAACUAUCCAAUCUUCAGGGAGUAGUAUUGGAGAAAGAAUAAAAGAAAAGAAAGAAUCUGAAGGUAUCACAGGAGAAGAUCAGUUGCAGGCAGUUUGUCAGCAAUACUUACAGGUUUUGUCCAGUAUUGAUUCUGUUAUAAGAAGUCCAAGAGCUCCUCCGCUAAUAUACAGGCGCAGUAAAGGGCCAAUCCAAAAUUAUAUUAAAGAGAAUGGACAGGAAUGUAGAUUUGAGCACCUUCCUCCUACUAUAGAAAUGUGGGCAGAUCAGCUCAUGGCCCUAAAGGAUUUGCACAGGUCCUUGAGAAAACUGUCUCUGGAAUUGGUGCCCUGGCACACUACAAGUCCCCAGGAUAACAGAGAAUCUGUACGAGUUGAAGACCUUCAGUUCAUAGUAGAUGCAAUUUUAGAAGAAAUAGAAAAUAAAGAGAAGAGCAGCCAGACACCGUCCUUACAAACGCUGCAUGCGAUUGUCUCUCACUUCCAGAAGUUGUUUGAUGUGAGUUCUCUGAAUGGUGUUUAUCCACGAAUGAACGAGGUUUACACAAAACUUGGAGAAAUGACCAAUGCUAUGAGAAAUCUCCAGGAGCUCCUGGAACUAGACAGCUCUGCUCCACCCACUGUGGUAGUGGAUACUGUUGGGAAACUAUGUGACAUAAUCAAUGAAAAUGUGACUGAGCAGGUGCAGCAACUUCUGGGGACCCAAGACAUCCACAGUAUAAUCCGUAAGCUAGAAGAACAUGAAUGCUUCUUUCCACCAUUUCAAGCUCUCAUUCAGGAUUUGCUCUGUCUUCUAGAAAUCAGUAACCUGGAUGAUAUUUUACCUACUGUGAAAAAUCUGAAAUUGGUAGCUAGUUAAGUGUUUGUAUUGUGUGCCCUAACAUGCUCUAUCUUACCUAUGAAUGCACCAAGCAAAUGGCAUACAGCUACCUCGCCUCCGUGACCCUAAUGGACAGUUUCAGAAUAUUCUGACAUAAAUAAAAGCUUGACUUUGC